AUGGACUACUCUUUUCUGUCGGAGAGCGGUGGUGCUGACAUUGGCCAAUUUGUUGCCGGCAAUGCAAGUCGACUCGGGAGCAAGACCGCUAUAGUUGACAAGCAGCUCUUGAUCUCAUAUAGCGAACUGGACCUUGCGGCCAAAGCUCUGGCUUUGGAGCUCCUGCGGCAUGGCAUAAUGCCCGAAGAUCCUGUCGGCAUCCUCACUAGCUUUGGGGCACAUCACAUUGUUGCUCAACUUGCGGUCGCGUACGCCGGAGCGACCUGCGUCCCAUUGGACCCAAUUCGCCCUGACCGAGACCUGGAGCUGCAGCUACAGCUGGCAAAAUCGAGACUUUUAAUCACGGAUGAGUCGUGCCACGGCCGCGGCCUGUCGGCCCACAAGAUACCGGUCGUUGUUAGCCGAGACCCAGCAGAUGGUGAGAAGGAAGUCCCAGGCCUGCCGCGCACCCUCCCCUCCGACUUCCGUUCUCAUAUCCUAUUUACAUCUGGCACAACUGGAAAGCCUAAGGGUGUCCAAAUUCACGCUCGUGGUAUCAUGAGACUCGCCCGAGAUGAGACCUGCAAGCCCGACUCCAGCGAAGAGGUGAUUGGCCAUCUCAACAAUACUUGCUUCGACCUUUCGCUCGUGGACACCUGGGUUGCUCUCCUCCACGGCGCAACGAUCAUAAUAUUGGAUCGACAGGAGGCGCUGAGCCCGGAUAUCUUUGCUCGCACUUUAAAGGAGAGGCAGGUAACCUACUUGCUGAUCACAGCCGCCUUGUUCCGUGUCAUCGCGGCAGCAUGUCCGAUGGCCUUCUCGGAAUGCAAAACGCUUAUUCUGGGCGCGGAGGCUCCAGACAUGAACUCAUGCAAAGUCGUACUGGAGAACGGACCACCUGGGCGGUUGAUCAAUGGGUACGGACCAACCGAGAGCUGUAUCCUUGCACUUGCACACGUUAUCACUUUAGAUGAUGUGGCCAAAGGCUUCUUGCCAAUUGGCAAGCCCAUCAACCAGACCGUUUCAUACGUCCUGGAUGAAUCUCUGCGGAUGGUGGCUGGCAAGAACACAGGCGAGCUCUAUCUCGGCGGGCAAGGCUUAUCUCGCGGCUAUCUCGACAACCCUGAAGCAACGCAGAAGGCCUUUAUACCAGUUUCGGGGCUCACGUGCAGCGGAGACGCGGUAUCUCUGUACCGUACUGGUGAUCUUGCAUAUACAGACGACGCAAACAACGUGGUUUGGCUUGGCCGGAAAGACCGUGAGGUCAAAAUUAGGGGUUACCGGAUCAACUUAGAUGUCAUCGAGACCGAGCUCUACCUAACAGGCCUGAUCAAGACUGUUGCAGCGGUGAGAGCGGAGCCGCUAGGUUCGAAUGCGCCGUUGCUCGUGGCUUGCAUCACAUAUGCCUCGCCGGAGUCGAGCAACGAUGCUCUGCUCGCGGAGGCAAGAGCCCGUCUUCCAAGCUACAUGGUGCCUCAGCUGGUGCAAUUCGAGAAGAUGCCUCUGACACCGAACGGGAAGGUGGACAGAAAGGAAGCACAUAAGUUGCUGAUGGCGAUGCUUCAUGGCCCGCAGAGUCGGGACGUUCAUGACGAACCGAGAGCGGUGCUUGAUCUCACGGCCUCAGAGAAAGUAUUGAGGGUGCUUUGGAGCCGCAGCCUCUUCACUGUUCCGGAGGAGCAUAUCCGAUUGGAAAGUGACUUCUUUACCCUUGGCGCAACAUCGUUGCAUGUGGCGUCGCUGAUUGCCGGGAUCCGAGCAGAGCUUGACACAUCGCUUCCAGCCCGCCAGAUAUACGAGCAUUCGACGCUGCAUGCUCUGGCAUCACUGCUGGACAGGAAGAAAUCCGAACACGCCGCUGAUGACUUGGACAAGAUCAAAGACGUAUUGCGCAACGACGCCGAGACCCUGUGGAGGGACAUUCCAAUCCCGAAAGGACCGCCCGUGGACUGGCUCUCCGCGGGUGAGGGCAAGGUGUUCUUGACGGGAGCCACGGGCUUUGUCGGCGCGUACUUGCUUUUCGAGCUGAUUCAGUCUCCCGAAGUGCGAGCUGUCCGAUGUCUCGUUCGCGCAAAGACUCCUCGGUCUGCGUUCAAGAAGCUGAGCCAGAACUUCCACAAGUAUCGGCUUCCGAACCUUUCCGAAGAAUUGAUGUCAAAGGUUGUGGUCGUUCCAGGGGACUUGUCCCAGGCCAGGCUGGGUUUGAGUGAGGCAGAAUACCACGAGCUAGCCACUUGGACAAGCAUCAUCUAUCAUCUGGCAGCUCAGGUCAACUACAAUGAGCCGUAUACUGCCACCAGGGACGCCAACAUCUCGGGCACGCUCAACAUACUCAGGCUUGCCGUCUGCUCACGGUCAAAGCCGCUCCACUAUACGUCCAGCAUAGCAGCGUUUGGUCCGACGGGGCUCAUCAGAGAACAAGUGAAGGAGCUAAGUGAGGACGAUCCCCUUACGCCAUACCUUGAGACAACCAUCCCAUAUGAGAUGGGGUAUGGGCAAAGCCAAUGGGUCUCGGACGAAGUGGUCUCACAUCUGAUGCGCCGUGGCUUCCCUGCUGCGGUGUAUCGCCUCGGCGUCGUGCUCUGCAACAGUGGGGACGGUGUCGGCAACCCGGACGAUUUUGCCAGCCGGCUUCUGGCAGACUGCCUGCGACUAGGUAUAUACCCUUCACUCCCCGACCAGCGCAAGGAGUUGCUGCCAGUCGACUAUGUUGCCUCGGCGAUGAGGCUCAUAUCCUUGCGCAAUGACAACCUCGGCAAAGCAUAUCAUAUCACGCCAGACGCUCAGAGCAGUAUUGACAUGAACGAGCUAUUUCGUCUUGCCGCAAAGCUAUGCCAUGUCGACCUGGUUGGCUUGCCAUACGCCGAAUGGGUUGAGCGGCUGCGGCGAGCAGACCAAUCCGGGGCGAAUCCGCGGUUGAAACCCUUACUGCCCAUGCUAGAGGAGAGGGUGUAUGGGGAGCGAGCACGUUGGGAGCUAUAUGAGGGUAUGGCUCGGUUCAAGAAUGACAACACAGCUGCCGCACUGAAGAAAGUGGAGGGAUAUGAAGGCCUGAGACCGGCAGCAAUCGACGCCAACGACCUACGCAAAUACUUUCACUUCCUUCUAGUGGUAGAUUGA